AUGUUUCCACUUACAGUAUUUAUCAUAAUACUUCUUACCUAUGGCGCAUGGGCGAAAUCGCAUAUUCAUAUUCUUCGCGUCGCGCAUCAAGAGCGAGGUAUACUCACAUUAAGCUUUAAUUCCUCUGAACCUAGCGACAGAAGUAUUCAACUAGUUGGCACUACCCAGGCAGGGUAUCAACCAGGAUGGUUGAAAAACAGGGGAGAAUAUCUGUACUCGGUCUCGAGAACACACUUCCCCAACAAUUCGUCCACGAGUGGCGGUAUCUUCGCAUUCAGAAAGCAACCAAAUGGAUGUCUUGAGCUAUCUGACGCAGUAGCAUCCCGCGGCGAUGGUGGUGUCUACCUUGACAUUUCAAGAGACAGAAAAACGCUAUCUUCAGCCAAUAUCGACGGCUCUACAGUCACCAUAUUCCCGCUGAACUCUCCUGGCAACUUUGGCCACGUUGCAAACGUCUUUCAUUACAAUCUCAAGCAUCCUGGACCCGGAACUGGAGAUUCGCAGGAAAUUGCGAACCCGCAUGCGGCCACCUUUAGCCCCUGCGGAAAUAUCAUGGCUGUCCCUGACCGAGGUGCAGAUCGUGUUUACAUAUAUCAGGUACACGAUGCGAAACAUGUCAAACAGAUUCGGACUAUUACACUGUUACCAGGAACUGGUCCGCGCCACAUUGUCUUCUCUCAAGUCAGCAAAGAGAAAACAAUAAUGUUUUUGGUUUCCGAGCUCGAUAACACUGUCAAUGUCUUCUUGCUUGAAAAUGGCACUGUUGGUUAUUAUGGCAAGCACCCUGACCUAAAUGAAACCUUGCGUAUCACUCAUCUGCAGAGAGCAUCUACUCUCGAUGAUUCAAGCAAGCGUACAAAGCCCAACAAUGUCGAUUUGGCUUCCGAAAUUUCUGUUUCGCAUGACAGGCGCUUCUUAUAUGUAUCCAACCGGAACACGGAAUCAGUCGAUAAGGCAGAUACCCUUGCUUUAUACUUUUUGGAUAUCUACUCCAAGAAACCACUGCAAUUCUUGGGCCUUAACAGCACCUAUGGUAAAAUACCUAGGCACUUUUCUCUAUCAUCUGAUCCUCGAAAUCAAUUCCUUGCAGUUGCAAACCAAGUUACCAAUGACCUUUUUAUCCUCAAAAGAGACUUCAAGACAGGCUUUCUAGAUGGUAUUGUUGGAAAGUACAGUUUCGGAAAGCUUGAUCUGACAACUAAAGUUGGCCCGAUGUCAGUUAUAUGGGAUUGA